AUGCAUGAGCUGCGCUGCUGUAGCCAACAUGGCCCCCAAGCAGCCGCCGGUACUCCCCGGUAUGAAGAGACCGAACAACGGUGCUUCUUUGCGACCGGACACCAUCCAGAUCCGUUUAGCCAUUUGAUGAAGAGGGGCACGAACCCGAUUGGCAUCGGCGGCGGCGGAACCAUGAACAGGGAUUAUUCCAUUAAUCUGUCCGUGCAGGGGGUGCUGAGCCUGUGGGUAAAGGGGAACGUGCCCACCUUGCAGCACUUCACAGAGAUGUGGUACUGGGUGUUCCUGUGGUGUCUCUUCUCCUCACUGUUUGUGCAUAGCGCUGUGGGGCUGCUUAUGUGUGUGAUGUUACAGAGACACAAGCGAGGCCGGCUCAUCACCCUGGUUCUGAUCAGCACCAGCUUCCUUGCCACGCUCAUCGGAGGGGUCAUCAACAGUGCGUUGGUGGCAUGGGUGUACCGUGUUGCAGGGAAGGGCAUGGCUCCUCUAGAGGCUCUGGUGUUUGGGGUGGGCCAAACCACUUUAACUAUUUUAAUCUCCCUCUCUCGGAUACUGGCCACACUUUGA